CGGCGAAGAAAUUUUAGGAAACAAAAACGCAAUUUUCAAUGUAGAGAACAAAAUCGAAGAUAGAGAAUGAAGACCACAAAGAGAAAAAUAUCGCCGCCUUCCUCCCCCCAUUCUCGGCAUCGAGAAUUUUGUCCGAUCACCGGAUAAAUGCUUCCGGUGGACGGGAACCAAAGUGUUUGUCUACGUAUAAAAUCUACCUUCUUCCUCCCACCUUUUAUCGAUUGAUCCGUUGUCGUGAAUGAUGGAUUCUCCAAAGGAACCAGAGGUGGUGGAAAUCUCUGAGAGCAGAAGGACAAGUUCCUGUUUCCGUCUGUUCCUGCGAUUUGUUCUGCUUUUGCUUUUCCCCUUCUUUGCUUUCCUACUCUUGUCAAUAUCCAUGGUCUUCAUAGCCCUGCUGUCGGGGCAAUUAUCUAUCGCAACGCCCGUCUCUGUUCCCUCUCGGUGCCGGAUAGUCUCCAGUGGUGUUGAUCUCAGAUCAUCUAAAGUUUGCGAACUCGGGUUGUUGAAGUACAAGACCAAGAACGUCUUUCAUCCUUUUGACAGAAACAAGUUUCGAUGCCGCUAUGAUUAUUACUGGGCUUCAGUGUUUGAGGUGGAAUAUGAAGAUCACUCCUCGGGUCGUACACAUCAUGCUUUAGCUGAGGCUCCAAGUGAGGCGCUUCCCCUAAAUUGCAGGCCUAACUUUGCUGGUGCAUGGAUGGCCAAAGAUAAAUUUAAGGUCAACGAAACUUACAAUUGCUGGCACAGAGCUGGGAUCUCUAAAGUGAGCUUAUAUGUUGAUGACUUCCUCCACUGCAAUUCCAGAGAUCCUUCUGUUUUUGAGAUGAUAAAUCGAUAUAUCAAAUUGUUGAUCGAUGCCCCGAGCUCCUUGUUCAUCCUGAAGACGGGAAAUGCCACCAAAUUCUGGAAGUGGGAAGCUGUAGCUGGAGCUGUUGCCGGUUUCUUGACUUCCUUGAUCACCAUCUUCUUCUUCUCAGUGGUGUGGAAGUUGAUGUCGUGGGUACCCCAGACAUGGACAUACAUAGUAAGGGUUCUUACUCGGGCUAUCAACUUGGUAGUCUUGAAGCGUGCUUGUUUUUUUGUGGCAUACUUCUCCUUCAUGGGCUGGUUAACCAUCCAGUACGGGAAACGGCUUGGCAUGCCUGAGAUUCGAGUUGGUUAUAUUUAAUCUACUAGUUGAAAGAACUCCUGUGAGCCGUGAAAUGUAUCAUCAAAUUCAUGGUAGUUAGAAGAGAAACGCUGGAACGAAAUGUGGCUCCUGUUUUGUAAUUGGGAAGCACUUGUAUUGCACAGGGAAACUGUACAAUUGAAACAAACAAAUAGUGUAAGUGAUGUGAAUAGCAUUCUGUAACCCAUUACUUUUUUUGUUGUUGAUAAAUUGAGAUUAUGGCUGAUUGAAUUGGUUGCAGCU